AUGAAAUAGGAAAAAGAAAUGCCUUUUAAUGGAGAUUUUGAGGAUAGUGAAGCAGACGAUGACGAAGUAUCAUAGGAGUCAGAGAGCGAGGAAGAACAAAUUUAAGUAAAAAAGAAGAAAAAGAAAGUUGUAAAUUCUAGCAAGAAGUUAAUAAUGAAUGUUUCAGACACUUAGUAUCCUGUUGUUAAAUUUGUUGGUAAGAUGAUUUACAAGUUUAAAUUGUCUUAUGUUCCUUAUCUUGAAAACAAUAAUUGGGACUUUUGCUGGACUGAUAAUGCUGUACUACCUGAGACUCUCUCUAAAAUGCAACCUCAUUAAAGAAUUAAUCAUUUUCCAGGUAUGUACUCUUUAGCAAGAAAAAAUCACCUUGGUCGUAAUCUCAAUAAAAUGCAAAAAUAAUAUCCAGAUGAUUAUGAUUUCUACCCUAGAACUUGGAUGCUUCCAAGUGAGUAUGGAGAUUUCAAAGCCUAGUUUCAAAAGGGGAAAGCAAAGACCUUUAUUGUAAAACCAGAAGCUUCUUGUUAAGGAAAGGGUAUAUUCUUGACUAGAUCGAUUGACUCAAUUAAUCCUCAAGAACAUUAUGUUGCUCAAAGAUAUAUUCAUAAACCGUUACUGAUAGAUGGAUUAAAAUUUGACUUAAGAAUGUACGUAAUGAUUUGUGGUUGUGAUCCUUUAAGAAUAUACUUAUAUAAGGAAGGUUUAGCUCGAUUUGCCACUUAAUUAUAUUCCUCCCCUCACUCAACGAAUCUUGAAGACGCUUGUAUGCAUCUGACCAAUUAUGCUAUUAAUAAGGACAAUCCUAAUUUCAUAUUCAAUGAGGACGAAAAGAAAAUGGAUGUAGGACACAAAAGAAGUAUGACUAGUUAUAAUUAAUAACUAGUUAUAUAGAAAUAAAACGUAGACUAAUUGUUGAGUGAUAUCAAAGAUUUAAUAAUAAAAACGUUUUGUGCCGUUCAACCAAUACUACAAUAAAACUAUACACAAGUAGAAAAUUAUGCAAACAAUAUGUGCUUUGAAAUUCUUGGUUUCGAUAUUUUAAUUGAUAGCUCACUUAAACCAUAUUUAUUGGAAGUCAAUCACACUCCUAGUUUUACUACUGAUACUCCAUUGGAUUCCUAUAUCAAAAAGAAUCUGAUCAGAGAUGCUAUCACAUUAAUGAAUAUCAAUGUCAAAACAAAGAAUGAUAUCAUCUCAUAAAAGAAGGAUCAAAUGCAAAAACGAGUUCUUACUGGAAAAAAGACUAAAUUAUCAUACGAGGAGAAGAGAGUCCUCAAAAUGUAGGCCUAAAAAGAGAGAGAUGAAUAUGAGUCAAGAAACAAAGGAGAUUUUGAAUUGAUAUAUCCGUGUGAUAAAUCAUAUGAUGAAUACUUACAACAUGCUUAGAAAUUGUAUGAGGAUUGGACUGGAGCAAAUAUAAGACGGAACAUGAAAAGGGAUACGAUUGCUGAGUUGCCUAAACCGCAAUCUUGCACUUAAAAGCCAAUUUUGAAUUAGAAAAGCUAAUUGUACAAGCAUGUCUAAAGCAAAGUCAACACCAAUUUAUACCCUACCAAAACUACGAAGGCUGAUCAAGAAGUCACUUAAGAAGAACCAGAGUAAAUUCUAUAGUAGGGACAAGAACCCAUUUUAUCUUAACCUCAACUGGAGCCUGAUAAUUUUGUGACCUAUGAGGAUUAUCAACAAUCAGAAUCACUCAAAGAUUUAUACAAUUUUGCUGAAAAGAGAAUUCCAGAAAUAUAACUUAUUGAUUUAAUUCAAUUUAGAAGAGCAGAAAGCAAAUAGGAUAAUUCUAGCUUUUAGAUGAUUUAGAUGAGUCAAUAAAAUUCUCUAUCAAAUCUAUCUCCAUUAAUGUAAAUUAAAUCCAUUCAAGAUUAAAAAAACGAGAAGAAGUUUUCUAUCAGAAAAUAAAACAAACAACUUAAAUAGUUUGACUAAGAAUAAUUAUACUUUUAACCCUAACCACAUUAUCAACCUCCAAUCUAAUAACAUUCAAUUUCCUAUUAAUAAUAAGUGUAGAUACAAAAUGGUUCAUUUGUGAAACCAAAAGUUUUUAGCUUAAAACUAUAACAUCCUCCAAAGGGAUAUAAACUAUAAUCACUUCCAAUUUUAAUGUAAUAAAAUUAUACAAAAUAACGAUAUGAGUAAGGAGUAUGA